AUGACCUACAAGAUCCCAGCUUACCUCCAGCUACACCUCAUCGUCAACAACGACCAACUAUCCCAGCUCCCACCACGCCUCCAAUACAACGAAUCCAAAGGCAGCGUGGCCAUCGAAGUCCCCAUCGACAUCACCCUCCCAAACCUCGAAACGACCCACCUUGUAGAACCCGUCGUACCCUCCGCUAUGGCAUCCCUAGGCCUGACUCCUUUCCGCCUCGCCCUCCUCGCCGAAAUCCUCGGCAACAUCUCCUCUCUCCCCUCCCUCCUCCUCAACCCCGACAUCGCCCUGCACAUCAUCCUCAAGUCCCCCACCCUCAUAACUCCCGCGACGAGAGUUCUCACUCGAAUCUUCGGGGGCGUUGUUGCAGGCCUGACGAUCCCGCUGAUCCUCUCGUGGCCGAACCCGAGAUCUGGCAAUGCUGGGGAGCAGCAGCGAGGGUUUAGGAAGGCGGCGUAUCUUGUGCAGGGGACCGGGGAGGUCUUUCUAGGGGCGUUGUUUGCGUGGCUGUGGUUGACUGGGGAGGAUCAUGGGGUGAAGGAGCUGUUUUUAGUCGGUGGGACGGUGAAUAUGGCGGUGUUGUUGGGGUUGAGGUGGGUGUUCCUUGCGUGGAAGCCGCAUCUUUUGGAGCAUACGGAGGCGGGAGAGGGGAAGGGCAAGACGCAGUAG